CUCCUGUAUCCUAUACAAUGUCUGAAGCAACAAAACAGUCAACGCUCCAAUCGUUGCGCAACUGGGGUGAGAACUCUGUACCGCCAACCCUUCUUGCAACACUCAUCACAGCCCAACAUGCGCGUCCCUUCCAGCCACUACCAAUGAUGUUUGCGCCAGUGCUGUUGUUCUCGUCCUACUUGAACUUGAGCAACUACAAGACUGAUGCUGCCGGUAUCACUGCGGCGUGGAGUGGUCUGUACGGCCUCUUGGCAUUGAGGAGAAGUCAGAAACUGAGGAACAAGUUCACGGUCAGAGGCGCCGUAAGAGGUGGCUCGCUGGCUCUCUGUGCAGUCAACGUAGUCGGCUGCGGGCUGGCCUACACUUUCGGCAAGCGUGAGAAGGAGGAGAAGUCGGCGUAAGAAAGACUGACAUGAUGAUUGUAACAUAAGUCACUGUAUUAUACCAUGCGACAAAGAAAGUGCAUCGACCAAGGUCUACAAAGAACGAGUAUAAAACAUUCAAUCUCAACAACAUGC